AUGGCGUUCAAGUGCCAGAGGUGGACGCUGGCCAACGCCCUGCCAGUGAUCUUCGUGCUGUGGAUCAUCGCGACGGUCUACGGCACCCACGCGUGGCUGCACCUGCGGCCCCUGCGGGAGCGCGACGCCCGCUCCUUCUGCGUCGAGGCCGCCGUCUCGAACACGCUCACGGCCCUGCUGCUGGUGUGCCUCGGCAGGGCCAUGUUCACGGACCCCGGGUCCGUGCCUGACGUGCCCGAGUGGCGGGACGCGCAGGGUGGCGUCUGGGGCUCCUGGCAGGGCGCGCGCGGCGGCCCGGUGAGCAGGGACCCGACGGGCGAAGACGGCUCGGUGGUGCACGAGGUCAAGCAGACGGGCGGGCGCCGCUUCUGUAAGUGGUGCGACAGCUACAAGCCCGACCGCUGCCACCACUGCCGGGUGUGCAAGUCGUGCGUCCUGCGCAUGGACCACCACUGCCCGUGGAUCGCCAACUGCGUCGGCUUCAGGAACCACAAGUACUUUUUCCUGCUUGUCCUGUAUUCCUUCCUAAGCUGUGCCUUCAUCCUCGCGACCAUGUCUCAGUCCCUCCUGCGGUCCCUGAGCCUCGAGUACCGCUCCUCCAGGGAGCGUUUCUUGAUGGUCUUCGGCCUCACGCUGGCUUGCAUCAUGGCGCUGCUUCUGAAGGCCUUCCUCGGCCUGCACAUCUGGCUGAUGCUGAAGGCCACGACCACCAUCGAGCUGUGCGAGAAGCGCUCGCGGCAGGGCUGCUCCAAGCCGCCCCCCAGCUACGAGCAGGGCGCCUACGAGAACCUGCGCGCCGUGCUGGGGCCGCACCCGCUGCUCUGGCUGCUGCCCGUGGCGCCCCCCGCCGGCGACGGCCUGCACUUUCCGGUGCGGGAGGCCCGCGCCCGCGCGGCCACGGGCGCGGGCCCCGGCACCGCAGCGCGCGCGCCCGCGGGCGCGGCGGGGGGCGGCGGCGCGCUGCUGGGCCCCGAGGCGGAGGCGGGCGCCCCCCCGGCUCUGGGCGAGGAGCCCGCGGUCGCCCGGUGA